AUGAUUGAAAUACUGUUUCUUGGGCAUGCAGCGGCUACUGAUGGAGUCCCACCCGACAUUUGGACUUCAAUGAGUUAUUAUGGAGAUUUUCUUGCGGAGAGAAAAGAGGUGGCCAUGGUCCUGUUUGUUACAGGGCUUUUGGUGAACUUUCUCGGAAUCUGUGCAAAGAGAUGCUCUCUAUCUGUGAUUGCCUUCCCGGUACUUAGGUUAAGCAUUGGAAGCAUAAUGGAAGUUGUCAACCAAGCAGUUGCAGCCAAAUAUGGGACUGCUGAGAAUGCACCUAAGGCAAUUGUCCAUGUAGUUGGGUUGUUGAGGAAGGUUGAUGAAAACAGGUUCUUCAUGGCCUUUUUGUCUGUUGCUCUCGGACUGGUGAUGUUUUUCUUUGUUAAGACAAUAAUAUACAUCUUGAUGGGAUACCUUGCAUUCCAUCUCUGGGGAGUAUUAGAGUCGUCUGCUGGAGAAACAAUGGGUGGGAACUUGUACUACAUCUACCAAACAAUAAUGCUAUGCAUUGGGAUUCUUGUUCUAGUCCUCGUUAAGCCAAUCACUUUCCUGAUCUAUAUUAUUGUUUUCUCCGUCUUUGGAUCCCUCUUUGUCAUAGUCGGUGCAAACUUUGGAUUCAAUUUGAAUCUUGACCUCAACCAGUACAUUGUAAUACUCCGAAAUGGCGACUUCUACCAAGGCUUGGUUGAAAACAAGAUUUCUGUGGGGUACAUAUCUCUUAUAACCAUGGGAAUUGUUUCUCAGCUGCUUCUCAGGAGCAAGAAUGAAGAAAAGGGAAACUAA